CCUCUCGCUUUCUUUAUAAAAUCUCAAUCACGACAUCAACACCAUCUUCGUCCAUAAACCCUAGGUUUCUUCCGAGCUUCUCUCGGUCUUCAUCAAUGGCGUGCGCGAUCGCCGACGCCGAUCUCACGCUCCCCGUUCUCCUCCUCAGAGCCCUCUCGCUGAUCGAGACGUACCAGUACGUUUUAGCUCUGCUGAUCCUUGCCCUAAUUUUCGUCUACAACUUCCUCGAGGUUCAUUUUGUUAGAGACGCUGCCCGAGGAUUUAGGGGAGAUCGGGUGGAGCUCGCAUUUGAUCCGAAGUCCGAAAUCUACGAGGGUGUCGUCUCCAAGUGUCGGAUUCUUCACGGGAGGUAUUUGCCGACGCAGUGGCUUGCGAGCCCUCAUUUGCAGACAGCGUUCUUGAACUAUUUUGGGAGGGCUCCCUCCCUUUGCUACAGAAGGCAGUUAUACACUUUGCAUGAUGGGGGAACUAUUGCUUUGGACUGGUUGCUCGCUUCUGAUGCUGCAGGUGGCUCUUAUGAUUCUGGCGGGGUAAUUUCUAAAGAUGAUUCAACACCCCUUGUAAUUGCGAUUCCUGGACUUACCAGUGAUUCUUCUGCUUCAUACAUGAAGCAUCUAGUUCAUAGUAUCGCAAACCGGGGUUGGAACGUUGUUGUUUGUAACCAUCGGGGUCUGGGUGGCGUCUCAAUAACUUCUGAUUGGUUUUAUAACGCCGGAUGGACAAAUGAUGUGCGUGAAGUUUUUAACUAUCUUCAUCAAGAGUACCCCAAGUCUCCUCUUUUUGCCAUCGGGACAAGCAUCGGAGCAAACGUGUUGGUUAAGUACCUUGGAGAAGAAGGGGAAAACACUCCUCUUGCUGGGGCAUCAGCUAUUUGUUCUCCAUGGGAUCUUUUGGUCUGCGACAGGUUUAUUAAUCGCAAGUUUAUCCAGAGGUUGUAUAACAGAACUCUUGCUACCGGGCUUAAAGGUUACGCUCAACUGCAUCAGGCUGUUUAUAGUCGGCUUGGAAACUGGGAUGGUAUCCUUAGUUCACGCUCCGUUAGGGAAUUUGAUAACCAUGCCACUUGUAUUAUUGGAAAGUUCGAGACUGCGGAUGCAUAUUAUCGCUUCGCCACUUCUGCUAAUUAUUUGAAGGGUGUAUCUAUUCCUCUCCUCUGCAUUAGUGCUUUGGAUGAUCCAGUUUGUACAAGAGAGGCGAUUCCUUGGGAUGAGUGCAAGGUGAACAAGAAUAUUGUUUUGGCAACCGUACCGCAUGGAGGCCAUCUUGCAUUUUUCGAAGGGCUUACUGCACGCAGUUUAUGGUGGGUUGGAGCUGUCAGCGAGUUCCUUUCUGUUCUACACUCUAGCCCAUACAUGCAUCAACAACAACAGAUAGAGAACAAUGGAGUUCAUUCUCCUCUUGAGUCUUCAAUCGGUAAAUCCCUCUACGUAAAUAUGAGGGAAGAUGGACUUGUUGCUGCAGUGAGCUGUGACAAAGCGGACGUUAACAAAUCAAUGACCUCCGUUGAUUCUCAAACAACUCAUAACUCAGUUGGAGAGGGGAAUGAAGAUAGAACUGAAAAUGCGCUUAGCUCCUGUUCAUAAAGCCACAGCAGCAGCCUCAGUUGGGUAAAUUGCAUAUGAACACAACUCCUAAAAUCUUUUGAUGGCAUUAGUGGUCAAGUAAUGAGAUGCGGGAGUCAGCUCUCAACUCAAAAGUGGGAGAUCAAUGUAUUUACUCGCUCGCACGAGUUGGUUGCUGGUGUAUUACGUAAGCUUGUGUAUGCACGUCUCAUGUUCAUGCGUUUAUAUUAUUCUGUGCUGUAUCUGGAAUAAACAAAUAAAUGAAUAAAUAAGGGAGAAAUUUUUGAA